GUGUUUUCGUUGGUCAUUGUGCGACGAUCUCCCCACUGAUCCGAUGAGGCUCUUCGUGUCUUUUGCCACUCUCAUAAUCGCUGACUCAAUGCUGCUUUUCGGUCGUUCUGUUUGGUGGUGGCUUUUAGGCAGUGCCUGGUUGGCCUGGGGUGCCUUGGGCGUGUGGCUGAUGCCGUUCUGGCCGAGAUGACUAUGACGCGCCUGGCAUCGACGCUCUGGCUGUGAUUCAUGCAGCUGCGGCAGUGUGCCGAGGCGUUGGUUGGCGUCAUUCGAAGUGUGCUGGGGGUCUGGGGCGUGUAGUCAUGUAACUAUUACCCAUGCAUAUAUAGCUGACUGGUUGUCGACAUGGUAUUGCCUUGGAUGGCAUUGAAUACAACCCUCACGCAAUCCAACUGAAAAUGUUCGUCUUUAGCGAGUCCCGAGUUGUGGCCCUAUCGUUGGCGUCACUGGCAGUGGCUGUGGGAUUUCUGUACAUCACUACAUGCACCAAUCUCUUUCCCAAGACACUUUGCUUCGCGAUCGAAGCACUCCUUGCGCUACCAAUCUACCGUCUUACUUUCCAUCCCCUGGCAAAUUACCCAGGACCGUGGCUUGCAGCCGUGACAGAUCUAUACACUGUCUACCACUGUCUCGCCGGUGAUCGACACCUGGACUUCCUGCGUCUGCAUGAGAAAUACGGACCCGUCGUUCGAUUUGGACCCAAUCGACUGUCAUUCUGCAGCGAUCAUGCCGUAUCGGACAUUUACGGUGUGCGCGCCAACACCCAAAAGUCCCGUGUCUAUAGCGCCUUCAAGCACUUCUUCGCCGUUCCAGCCAGUCUGACCACUAUCGACCGCAAAGUCCAUUCAUACAAGCGACGAGUGACGAGUCGUGCCUUGAACACCUCCGCCGUGCGAGGCCUCGAAGAACUGAUUCUACAGAACGUACGGCGCUUCUUCGCUCUCCUGCCAUCCUCCUCUCAAAACGAAGAAGACCAGCCCCAAUGGAGUCCCCAAACCGUCGACUUCAGCAAAUCCUUCCAAUACCUGCUCUCCGACAUUAUGGGCGACGUCACCUUCUCCAAAAACUGGAACACGCAAGCCAGCUCCGCCAAUCGCCCUCUGCUGGACCUCAUGACGCUGGGAACCUGCGGCAUCAACCUCGCCGGCCACGUUCCCGCCCUGCUGAAGCUGAACCUCGACUGCAUCUGCUUCCCAUCGCUCACGCGCGGCGUUGCGGACUUCUUCCGUCUUUCGGAAGCACAAUCGUCCUGGCGCCUUAACGUCGAGCCUACCUCCCUCCCUCAUCGCGACCUCUUCGCCGCCCUCCUCGACGCCCGCGACCCGGACUCCGGCCGUGGCUACUCUCAACCCGAUCUCGUCGCCGAAGCGGGAAUCCUAAUCGUCGCGGGCUCCGACACCACCGCCACCGCCACCACUGCAACUCUCUUCUACCUCCUUCAUAACGCAGACGCAUACGCACGCGCCCGCGAUGAAGUCGACGCCAUCUUCUUACAGCACUCAGAUCCCGACGCAGGCGCAGACAUCGAAGCCAUCCGCAUGGGCCCCGCCCUCGACCGGUGCGUCUUUCUCUACGCCUGCAUCAACGAAGCCAUGCGUUUAUCCCCGCCCGUCGGAGCCGUCUUACCUCGCGAAGUCCUCCCCGGCGGUCUGCUCGUCCGCAUCAAUGACUCCGAGCAGUAUACCGUCCCUGCGGGAACGGACGUCGCAGUCCCGAUCUACGCGCUGCAUCGCCAGGAGAAAUACUGGUCUGAUCCGCAUGUGUUUUGUCCUGAGCGAUGGCUCGGGACUAGCGAUCUGCAAGAGCCUGAAUUGAAGGAUGGCAAGAGGUCGAGUCUGUCGACAGGGGGCGUGGGUCAUGCGAAUCGCAAUGCGUAUAUGCCGUUUGGCGCGGGCCGGACGAGCUGCGUCGGUCAGCAUCUGGCGUAUCAGGAGAUGGGAUUGAUUUUGGCGCGGCUGCUGCGGGCGUAUGAGAUGCGUUUGGUCCCGGAGUCUCGUGGGGAUGAAGGUGGGCGGUGGAAGGGGACGUGGGAGAGACGGUGGAGGAGGGAGCGAGAGGCGGACUUUCAAACGAGGGAUGUGUUUACGAGUACGCAUGAGGGACCGGUGGUGCAGAUUCGGAGGAGGCAGUUGGGGAAGAAGAUUGAGUCUGGAUAGGGGGUUUACUUUCUCUGCAAUGAUGCAUUGGUUGGAGUGAUUGCUUCUUUUUUAUUGUGUUGAUUGGUUAUAGAGCGAUUAAUUGAUUUUGCAUUCACUUGGACAAAGAAAUCAGACCAGCAGGAGAGAUUUUAUCAGGUAUCUACAGGCUCAGUUAAUAUAGG